UGUGGCGUUAAUGAUCUCUUCUCAUCAUGUCACAUAUCAUUACCACAUUUCCCAAGACAUGAUUGCACUCUGGCGGUUACUGUGGUUUCAUCCUAGCAACAGUAACAGAGGACUUGGUGUUUUGAAAAGGAGGGGGAGUGGAAGGAGAGACAAGCAGAAAAUAAUUUCAGAAGGCAGAAAAGCAUCUGAGAAUGGACCCUGAAGCACAGGUAUCAACCACGAUGAAGAGACAUGUUUGUUGGUGCGUCAGCAAAUGGAGUUCUUCAACCUUUAUCAGUUCAUAUCACCAGCUUGAACCUCAAGUUUUUGUUGGUCUAUCACAGAGUUGAGCUGGAAGAAGUUUUUCCCUUGAGUGCAACGACGAUUGAAUUGUCACUUAAAUCCCUAGAAUGGAUUUUCCUUUGAUGGGGGCAGGAUGGGAUGUGUCACAACUUUUCUUCUGGGAACUCUGAGACGAGUGCUGGACGGCAGUAUUGAGCCAGUAGGUUUGACCCAUAAUGUCUGUGAACCGAGUCCAUGCAACGGGCAUGGAGCAGUCUGUGGAAUACUCCGGAGAGUAUUCGGUGGCCGUUCCAUCCGAUACCCGUCGGACUCGUGAAGUAACGGUGUUUCAGUCGGGCUACUGCCGCUUGUUGCCGAGCACUGUGCAUCGCACCUUCGUCCCCGAGACCUUGGAGAGGAUUUAUCAGAACUACUUCCGCCAGCAGCGACAAGAGAACCUCAUGGUGUUGGUGAUGUUUGCGGCUCUUUUUAACAGCUACGUCAUUGUCAUGUGUGCGGUGCUGUACACUGCGGACAAGCUGACGAUGGUGGUGGUUGCAGCUGUGGGACUUGCAGCAGAUGUUGCGCUCUAUGCAAUGUGCUGGUUUCGGAGACUCCCCACGUCACCGGCCUUACGUGGUGCAAUACCCUACAUCCUGUGGCUGAUGGUCACCGUCCACAUUUUGUGUUACAUGACACUCAACUACCAACUUUUCCCCAACGCCAGCGACUCAGUGGGUUGGCAAGCGUUUUUUAGCUUCUCCUCGUUUCUGAUGCUGCCGCUCAACCUGAUACCUCUGAUCCUGCUCACAGCCCUCGCCUGUGGCGUGCAUACUUUGGUUCUUGGAAUCACCGUGGCUCAAAAGCUUGAGGAUAGCGCACAGGCCCCCAUGUUGGUGCGACAGCUUAUGGCCAACGUGAUGCUGUACCUGUGUGCAGCCACAGUGGGUGUGAUGUCGUUCUACAUGGCAGACAGAAAGUACAGAACUGCAUUUUUGGAAGCACGUCAGUCACUACAGGUCAAACUCACUUUGGAGGAGCAGAGCACUCAGCAGGAGGAAUUGUUGUUAUCCAUCCUGCCCAAGCACAUAGCUGAUGAGAUGCUGCAGGGCAUGAAGAACCAGGCCAAUCAGGAAGAGGUCCAGCAGCAGCAGUUCAACACCAUGUACAUGUACCGCCAUGAAAAUGUCAGUAUCCUGUUUGCUGACAUUGUCGGCUUCACGCAGCUGUCGUCAACCUGCAGUGCGCAGGAGCUGGUAAAGCUGCUCAAUCAACUGUUUGCACGCUUCGAUAAACUGGCAGCGCAACAUCACCAGUUGAGGAUUAAAAUCCUGGGAGACUGUUACUACUGUAUCUGUGGUCUUCCUGAGUACAGAGAGGACCACGCAGCCUGCUCCAUAAUGAUGGGCCUAGCAAUGGUAGAAGCCAUCUCGUAUGUCCGAGAGAAGACUAAAACUGACGUGGACAUGCGUGUGGGUGUCCACACAGGCACUGUGUUGGGUGGAGUCCUGGGGCAAAAGCGGUGGCAGUUUGAUGUUUGGUCCACUGACGUCACAGUAGCCAAUAAGAUGGAGUCUGGAGGGAUUCCUGGGAGAGUGCACAUUUCCCACAGUACCAAGGAAAGCCUAAGGGGCGAAUUUGAACUGGAGCCAGGCAAUGGCGGAGAAAGGUGUGAAUACCUGCUGGAGAAAGGCAUCGAUACUUACUUGGUCCGAGUACCCAAGCAGAACAGAAAUGUGCUCGGUGGAAAUAAACCAGGUUCACUGUCCAACAGAAAUUCAAGUCAGAUAAUUAAUACAACUGCAGCCAUUGGGAACGUCAGCUCACCGCAAACCAUGCCCACCGACUCGAAACAUGAGAAGAAUAAGAUGGUUAAGGAACAAGUGAUCAACCAGCGAUUGCAGCAGGAGUUGGUGGAGAGAGAAAACCAGCAAAUAAUGAAGGAGCAUCAAAUCAGCCCGGUCUCACUGCGUUUUGUGGACAAAAUGUUAGAGGAACACUUCUCCUCAGAGAAGGAGAAGCGAAGCGGAGCUGCCUUCUGUUGCUCCAUGGUAGUUCUGCUCUUCAUCACAGCAAUGGAAGUGUUUAUAGACCCAUUGUUGACUGUGAACUACAUAACUCUUGCCAUAGGAGAGAUCCUCCUGCUCAUCCUCACUGUGUGCACAGUUGCUGCAGUCUUCCCCAGGAUGUUCCCUAAGAGGUUGGUGUCUUUCUCAGUCUGGAUUGAUCGCACACGGUGGGCCAGGAACAUUUGGGCUAUGGCAGCCAUAUUUGUUCUCACGAUGGCUGUGAUUGCCGACAUGCUAAGCUGCAUUCCACCAUCUCUCCGAGUCUUCAACGGCACCUUGGGUCCCAUCCUGGAGUCGUUAAGCGAUCGCACAUGCACAGAGAAUCCGAAGCAUUACAGCUUCAUGGCUGUGAUGUCACUGGUCGCAACUGCCAUGCUUGUGCAGGUCAGCCACCUGAUUAAACUCAGCCUAAUGGUGCUGGUGGUCACAGCAACUGGAGCCGUGAACAUCUACAGCUGGCGGGACAUUUAUGACCUGUAUGACUACUUACGCUUUGCCAGAUACAGAACUUCCAUUGUACCAUCCAAGUACCUUAUGACUAUGAUGAUCAUAGUCAUGAUGAUUGCCUUCUACUACUUUGCCCGCCAUCUGGAGCAACAAUCUAGGAAGCUGUUCCUGUGGAAGAUCGGCGUGCACAACCAGAAGGAGAGGGUGCUGGAGAUGAGACGCUGGAAUGAAGCUCUGGUCACCAACAUGUUGCCUGAACAUGUGGCCAAACAUUUUUUGGGCUCAAAGAAGCGAGACGAGGAGCUCUACAGCCAGUCUUAUGAAGAAAUAGGUGUGAUGUUUGCUUCCAUCCCCAACUUUUCUGAUUUCUACACUGAAGAAAGCAUCAACAAUGGAGGCCUCGAGUGUCUCCGCAUUCUCAAUGAGAUAAUCUCAGACUUUGACAGCUUACUCGACAGAGACGAGUUCCGCUGCAUCACUAAGAUCAAGACAAUAGGAAGCACCUACAUGGCCGCCUCAGGACUCACUCCAGAGAGCAACACUAAUGGAUUCUGCAGCCUGAAGGACAAGUCCCUGAUGGAGCGCUGGCAGCACCUCGCCGACCUGGCAGACUUUGCUUUGGCUAUGAAAGUCACCCUGAACAACCUCAACAAGCAGUCCUUCAAUAACUUCAUGCUACGCAUUGGUCUGAAUAAAGGCGGAGUCUUGGCUGGAGUGAUUGGCGCUCGGAAACCUCACUAUGACAUCUGGGGCAACACGGUCAACGUUGCCAGCAGGAUGGAGUCAACCGGAGUUAUGGGAAAUAUCCAGGUGGUGGAGGACUGCUAUGAUGUGCUAAAAGCAUACGGCUUCCGCUUUAUCCGAAGAGGGCCCAUAUUUGUGAAAGGCAAAGGGGAGCUGCUGACUUUCUUCAUGAAAGGCAAAGACAAAGUGAACACAAACGACGAUGCCUCGGUGACCACGGCUCUACCUCACCAAGUUCUUAAUCGCCCUUAAAACCAUCAACUUGGACAAACAAGCCCACAUAUGGGCCCUUCCAUUGGAUUUAUGCUGACAUUUUCCAAAAGAAGUAGAUCAACACAACAACGUAUCAUAAGGACAGUGAAACACAAAGAUUUCACUCUCAAAUUAUGAUAUUUUGUAUAUUUGUAUAGAAUCAUUAAGGAACAUAAUGACACAUUAAAGGUUUGUCACUUUCCACUUGAUCAAUAUCAGAACUGUGAUAUAUACUAGUUUGUUAUUUUAUGGGUACCCGUUUGUUCUGGUUUUGUAAAACAAUAAAGCUUCAUAAACUC